CCUCGAUCUCCAAAACCUCUGCCAGUCCGAAUACUCGAUCAUCCUCAACCGCCCCUAGCUGCUCUCGUCUCCGAUCUUUGGUCUUUGCCUCCGCGCAUCGCAGACUCGCCGAGAUGUCCAAACAGCUCAUGGACAAGAAAGCCUCGGAUCCGAUGGAUCCGCUGUCCUCUUCGCCUUCGGCCCCCUCGCUGCCUGGUGCUGCUCCCCAGAGCCAGCCCUCACUGAAAGUGGGAGCUUGUUUCUGCUGUGCCAGUUUGCUCCGGUUCCCGCAAACGGUUUCGUGCUUCAAUUGCACCAUCUGCAACACGAUCAAUGACCUCACGCCCACCGGGCCGCCAAAAGCCAGCCACUUUGGCAUCGCCCUGACGCUUCCCCUGGUCCACAAGCUGGCAUCCGAUGCCACGAAGGAUCAGUCCAAAAUCGCGCCGCUGCAGAAUGUGCUCGCCGAUAGCUUCUCAAUAUUCCAGUUCCUCAACAGCUCAUUUGCGAAUCUACAGAUGCCGCCAUCACUGCAGAGCACAGGACUGGACACGGACUCGAUGGACAAGACCUUCAGCAUCAUCUCCUCCUUGGUCACGAUUGUUUUCGAGGCUAUCCUCCGUCUUCUGAAGCGACCCGGAAGACCGAUUCAAAAAUGCAACGAGCUUCAAUUUUUGAUGAUCAUCAUCGAGUGCCCCUUUAUCGUCGUUCGACCAUCGAUCCUUGAUGAUGCGAAGCAUCUCGAAGUUGUUGCCCGACUGCUCGGCCUGAUAUCCGGACUCGCGAAUGAGCUCCACCAUUUUAUCGUCAACUGGUUCAUUCUCAUGCCCUUUGAACGCUUCCAAAGCAAGGUGACCCUGGUCAAUCGCUUCAUUGGAACACGGAUGACCCGAAUGCAGAACUUCCCCUCCAUGUAUAUGAAGGACUGGGCGAUCAAAGCCGCUGCCAGGGUUAUGGCACUUUUGUUCGCUGCGAACGCCAAGAGAUCGCAGCGGCUCCACGUAAACGAGUUCUACAAUACCGUUGUCGACUACUUGGAUGUGGGCCAGGACUUUUGGCGGUGGCAGGGCGAGCAUGCUGGAUCGUUCUCUUUCUGCCAGUAUCCGUUCCUGAUAUCGCUGGGGUCGAAAAUUAAGAUCAUCCAAGCCGAGAACUCUCGAAUUAUGACCGAAAAGUUCAGGUCCGCGUACUAUCGUCUGACAGUCCACGGUCUCCCCGCCGAUCCGUUCCUCACGCUCCGGGUGCGACGCAACAACCUCAUCCACGACUCGCUGAGCCAGCUGCGAGCACCAAACAUCGAUUUGCGCAAGAAGCUCAAGAUCGAGUUUGCCAACGAAGCUGGUAUCGAUGCCGGCGGCCUUACCAAGGAGUGGUUCCUCCUGCUCGUCCGCGAUUUGUUUGACCCACAAUACGGCAUGUUUGUCUUUGAGGAAGAGAGCCAGCUCUGCUGGUUCAACAAAGCUAGCUUCGAAAACACUGAAGAGUUUCGCCUCGUUGGCACAAUCCUGGGACUGGCCAUAUCCCACGGCACCAUCCUGGACGUGCAUUUCCCGUUGGCGUGCUACAAGAAGCUGCUCAACGUGCCUCCGACCUUUGAUGAUUUGAUGCAGCUUUCGCCGUCAAUUGGGCGCAGCUUCGAGCAAAUGCUUAGAUACGACGCGGACGACUUUAGGGACGUAUUUGAUCUCGACUUUGUGGUCGAAUUCGACCGAUUCGGCGAACUCGUGCGCCACGAGCUUAUUCCAAACGGCGCAUCGAUUCCCGUGACGAAGGACAACGUUCAAGAGUAUAUCAACAAGUAUAUCGAGUGGAAGUUCACCACCUCGGUCAAGGCACAGUUCGACGCCUUUCAGACCGGGUUCCUCGAAGCAUGCGGCGGCAACGCGCUCUCACUGCUGCGCCCUUCGGAAAUCGAGGCCAUUAUCAUUGGCGAAACCGAGAUCGAUUUUAUGGGCUUGGAAACGGUUACGGAAUAUGAAGGAUUCGUCCGAGGCGAGCCCUACAUCAAAUGCUUUUGGGAGAUCAUCAGCGCCUACUCGGAGGAAAACAAGCGCCGAUUCUUGAUGUUUGUCACUGGAACGGACCGCAUUCCGCCUACGGGAAUCCAGAACAUGAAAUUCAAGCUGUCCUGCCUUGGCGAGGAUUCAGAUGACUUGCCUCUGUCGCACACGUGCUUCAACCAGCUGUGUCUGUAUCGAUACUCCUCAAGGGCAAAGCUCAUCGACAAAUUGGAAAAGGCAAUGCUGUGGAGCUCUGGCUUCCAUGUAAAAUAGUUGCUUGUCACGGCAACAUUGGCAACCCAGCGGGGGGAGGUCAGGCGAGGAAACUGCCAGUUCCAGCCAAAACAACCCCUGUCUUUGUGUGCCAUUUUCUGCACACACUAACAUCCGCACCAUACCUGAUCCGCCCGCUCUGCUGCCCACGACAUCAUUCACUCUGUGCCUC